CUUUCCUCUCCACACAGAGACACACGUGCCCCUGCCUGCCUGCCUGCUCAGUGACACUGCAGUACAGAGGACAUAGCAGCAGCAGACAGGCAGACAGACAGACAGACAGGCAGACAGACAGACAGACAGGCAGACCGACACGCAGGCAGAGAGCCAGGCAGGCAAAACAAGCCGACAAGCAGAACAUAGGAAGGUGUGUCGAGGCCUUGUCUCCUCUUCCUCCUCCUCCUCGAGUAGCAGAGAUCCUGUUCUCCUGCGCUCUCCUUCAAGGACUUCCACACUCUGAGACCAAGAACUACUACAAUUCCUGUUCCUGUUUGUUACCAAGGAAAUACUGCUGCUACUACUGCUGCUACUAUAAUUCCUGUUCCUGUUUGUUACCAAGGAAAUACUGCUGCUACUACUACUACUGCUAUAGUUCCUGUUUGUUACCAAGGAAAUACUCCUGCUACUACUGCUACAAUUCCUGUUCCUGUUUGUUACCAAGGAAAUACUGCUGCUACUACUGCUACAAUUACUUUUUGUUACCAAGGAAAUACUACUGCUGCUACAGUUCCUGUUCCUGUUUGUUACCAAGGAAAUACUCCUGCUACUGCUGCUACAAUUCCUGUUCCUGUUUGUUACCAAGGAAAUACAUCUGCUACUACUACUACUACAAUUCCUGUUCCUGUUCCUGUUUGUUACCAAGGAAAUACUUCUGCUACUACUGCUACAAUUCCUGUUCCUGUUCCUGUUUGUUACCAAGGAAAUACUACUACUGCUACAGUUCCUGUUCCUGUUUGUUACCAAGGAAAUACUGCAGCGCAGUGGAUAUUAUCACGCACACGGAGGAGUGCUACUCUCUCCCUCUCUUUCUCUCACAGUCACAGGCAGACAAAUGGACGACUCUCUCUAACAGCGUAUCAGUGGACUUCUCAUUAUUUCGGGACUUCUCUUGCUGGUCUGGUGUGUGUAGUGGUGUGAGUAGUGGUGUGUGUAGUGGUGUGAGUAGUGGUGUGUGUAGUGGUGUGAGUAGUGGUGUGUGUAGUGGUGUGAGUAGUGUGUGUUUUUAUCAGAGGUCACGCCGCGUACUGUGGGAGUGUGUGUGGGCGAUCCACCUUCUCUCAGGUCCCCUCCCCUCUCAUCCUUUUCUACCUAAUCUCUCUCUCUCUCUCCACCCCCCUCUCCUGUUCACCCUUCCAUCCCUCUCCGCACCUCACCAAACUCCUUCCCUCUCUUCCCCCUCUCUCUCCAUCCUCACCACACCUCUCCCUCUCUUCCCUCUAUCCUCUCUAUUCCUCCGCCCCUCCAUAUCCCAUGAUGCCUUGCCCCAGGCCACUGCGCUAGGCCCCAGCAGUAUGGGCAGAGCCUGGGAGGGGAGAGAGAGCUCUGAUUGGUCCAGGUCGGGUCCCCCUUCCUUUGCUUCCAAUGGGGGAGGACACCGAGAGCUCCAAAGUCAACCACAGCUUCCUGCGAGACUACGUCACCGAAGCUGAUGUAAUCUCUACAGUGGAGUUCAACCACACAGGAGAUCUGCUGGCUACGGGGGACAAGGGAGGCAGAGUCGUCGUCUUCCAGAGAGAGACCGUGGUUGGUCACAAGCCUAAAGGGGAGUUGGAUCAGGUGGGGGAGACGGGUGAGUCGGGGGAGUAUAAUGUGUACAGUACCUUCCAGAGCCACGAGCCUGACUUUGACUACCUGAAGAGUCUGGAGAUCGAGGAGAAGAUCAACAAGAUACGAUGGCUGCCUCAACAGAACGCCGCCCACUUCCUGCUCUCCACCAACGAUAAGACCAUCAAGCUGUGGAAGGUGAGUGAGCGAGACAAGCAACCGGAGGGCUACAACCUGAAAGAUGAGGAGGGCAGGGUGAAGGACAUCUCUACAGUCACAUCACUACAGGUUCCUGUGUUGAGACCUACAGACCUGAUGGUGGAGGUACGUCCUAGGAGGGUGUUCUCCAAUGGUCAUACCUACCAUGUUAACUCCAUAUCGGUCAACAGUGACGGAGAGACCUACCUGUCAGCUGAUGACCUGAGGAUCAACAUGUGGCAUCUGGGGAUCACAGACCGCAGCUUCAACAUAGUGGACAUCAAGCCAGCCAACAUGGAGGAGCUAACAGAGGUGAUAACAGCAGCAGAGUUUCAUCCUCACCACUGUCACCUGUUUGUCUACAGUAGCAGUAAAGGGUCUCUACGUCUCUGUGACAUGAGGGCCUCGGCACUUUGCGACAGACACACCAAACUCUUUGAGGAACCAGAGGACCCAGGAAGUCGUUCAUUCUUCUCUGAGAUCGUGUCGUCGGUGUCGGAUGUGAAGUUCAGUCACAACGGGCGGUACCUGCUGACCAGGGAUUACCUGACGGCCAAGGUGUGGGACUUACACAUGGAGAAAGGCCCUGUCGAAACCUAUCAGGUUCAUGACUACCUGAGGACUAAGCUGUGCUCUCUGUACGAGAACGACUGCAUAUUUGACAAGUUCGAGUGUGUCUGGAACAGCUCCGACAGUGUGAUAAUGACUGGGGCGUACAACAGCUUUUUCCGGAUGUUUGACAGGGAGACGGGGCGGGGCGUGACCCUGGAGGCGUGGCGAGAGACCAGUAAGCCGCGAGCUGUACUGCGGACGCGACGGAUCUACACCGGGGGCAAGCGUCGUCGCGGCGACGUGGGGGUGGACAGUCUGGACUUCACUAAGAAGAUCCUCCACAUGGCCUGGCACCCCGAGGAGAACAUCAUCGCCAUAGCCUCCACCAACAACCUCUACAUCUUCCAGGACCGGGUCAGCCCCGAUACACAGGAUCCAGACCUGGGUUCAAAUACCAUUUAACACUGGGUCAGCCCCGAUACACAGGGUCCAGACCUGGGUUCAAAUACCAUUUAACACUGGGUCAGCCCCGAUACACAGGGUUCAGACCUGGGUUCAAGUACCAUUUAGCACCGGGUCAGCCCCAAUACACAGGGUUCAGACCUGGGUUCAAAUACCAUUUAGCACCGGGUCAGCCCCGACACACAGGGUCCAGACCUGGGUUCAAAUACCAUUUAGCACCGGGUCAGCCCCGAUACACAGGGUUCAGACCUGGGUUCAAAUACCAUUUAGCACCGGGUCAGCCCCGACACACAGGGUCCAGACCUGGGUUCAAAUAUCAUUUAGCACCGGGUCAGCCCCGACACACAGGGUCCAGACCUGGGUUCAAAUACCAUUUAGGUCCAUUUAGGACAGGGUCCACACACCGAAACAGGAUUGAGAAGUAGUUGUUAAACGCAUGUGCACACACACACACACACACACACACACACACACACACACACACACAUCCUAACCCUAAACACACACA